AUUUUGUAUACUUUUUUGUUUACUUCCGUGUUCAGAACUAUUUGUUUUCCAAACUCCUCGAAAAUGUCGCAAACAGAUCUGGAUAAAAGUAUCGAGAUAAUUAACAAGACUGAGGAGUUGGCUGAUAAGAUUAUGGCCAAUAAACAUGAACUGACGGUAAUGGAUAAAAGGCGCCAGGAAACUCGCGAGGCAAUGCGUCUAAUGACAAACUCGGAGGACAAGAAAGUAUGGAUCACAAUCGGCAGCAUGUUAGUCAAAAUGGAGCGGAAAAAGGCCUUGGAUCUGCUUAAGAAAGAUCAACAGCAAAUUGAGCAGCAAAUUAACCUGAUUUAUUCUGACCAGAAAGUACUGGUCAAUAAACACCGCGAUUUGGAGUUCAAAUCGCCCUUCUCUGGCACCCAUCUGAAGCCCCUGGCAAGGAAUGAGUUCGAUGCGCUUAAAGCUAAUCUACCAUUGCUGUGAAAAUAGUUAUUUAAGUAAAGUUUUCUUUAAGCAAAAACUGUU